CCUCUUUAUAACUCGUGUUUUGUAUGUUUCUAGUGGUUUACAAUUUGAUCACAAGGUUUCAUUUUCGGCUUCCUAUUCAUACUGAUCGUGUUGAAUCUAUGCGUGGAAGUCACGUUAUUAACAAUAUUAUUUUAAUAUUUUAUUAUUGAUUAUUUGUAUUUUUUUUUUAAUUUAUAGUUCUAACCGACAAAAUGUGGAGCAUAAUAAUGGAACCUGGUAAAACUUAUAGCACAGUAGUAGAAAAAACAUUCCAUCUUUCUAUGGCUACACUUGAUAUAGCUAGUGUUAAAAAAGCCGAUGACAUCCAUACAGUAUAUAUAGAAACUAAUGAUGGUCCACGAGUAAUCCUUUGUCACUUAUCAAAAUCAUCAAAUAUGUUUCAAUGUGCAUUAGAUCAUGUUAUCACAACAGGAACAGAUUUAAAAUUUGUUACAUCAGCUACUGCAAAUAUACAUAUGACUGGAUAUGUAGAUGAUUUAGAUGAAGAAGAUGAUGAGGAUCAGAUAUUCUCUGAUUUAGAAAGUCAAGAAGAAGAAGAAGAAGAAGAAACACAAAUUUCAAAGAAACAAUCAGCAGUAAAGGGAGGUAAACGCAAAGCUGAAAAUAGUUUUUCCAAAAAACCUAAAUCUAUUAAAUUAGAUGAAAUUAAGUCUACUAAUAGCGAUGAUGAUGAUGAAGAUGAAGAUGAAAGUGACGAGACCUUGGAUUUUGAAGAUGAUAGUGAUAAUGGCCUUACAGUAAGUGAUAUGUUUGACGAUGAAGCUGAAUCAGAUGAUGAAGUAGAAGAUUAUGAUGAAGAUGAUGAUGAAGAUAAUGAAGAAGAAUCAGAUGAAAGUGAUGAUGAAGUUCAACCACAAUCCACUAAGAAAGCUAAGAUUAAUGGGAAUGAACAAAAAACUCCCAAAAAAGAACAGAAAACCCCACUUAAAAGCCAGGAAAAAACGCCAAAAACUCAAGAAAAGACACCAAAAGCUCAAGAUAAGACAUCCAAGGGUCAAAAAACACCUGAUGCAAAUAAGUCAUUGAUUAAUGGUACAACUGAAAGUAAUAAGAAAAAGAAAAAUAAGGAACCUAAAACUCCUUUGGACGGAUUAAAAACCAAGCCAGAUACUCCCUUGCCCAAAGACAAAUUAAAUCAACAGCAAAAGUUGAAUGGUGGAGUUAUAAUUAGUGACAUUAAAGUUGGAGAUGGUGCUGUUGCCAAACCAGGAAAAAAUGUUAAAGUAUACUAUGUUGGUCGCUUGAAAUCUACUGGUAAAGUUUUUGAUUCAAUGCAGAAAGGUCCUGGAUUUAGUUUUGGACUACAGCGUGGUGAAGUUAUUAAGGGCUGGGAUAUUGGUAUCGCUGGUAUGAGAGUUGGAGGAAAAAGAAAAGUUAUAUGCCCUCCUAAUAUGGCGUAUGGCGCUAAAGGAAGUCCACCUGAAAUUCCUCCAAAUAGCACAUUAGUUUUUGAUGUGGAACUUAAACAUAUAAAUUAAGUUAAUUCAUAAUGUCAUUGAUUCCGACUGAUAUUCCUAUUAUUAUUUGCUAAUUUUCAUUAUUUUUUAUAAGAAUCACAAAUUUAAAUAGUACUUCCCUUUGAAUACAAAAAAUUCAUAUUUUAAACCAUUGUAUUACCAUAGUUAAUAAGUUUAGCUGAUAUCUAUCUGCAUUUUUUAUUUCACCAUAUUAACAUAAUGCAGCCUUUAAGACCUGAUAAGAUUAUAACGUAUUAUU